CCGUCAGAGGAGGGCCGCGGCCGGACCGAUUCCAACCUCCUCGGCGGCGAGCGGUGGUGCGGGGGAAGCGGGAGUGCCGACCGCACCCGUGGGACCGUGGGUGGGGCGGCUCACCCCUCCGUGGCCUGCAGGGGCGCGGCUGCACGCAAAGGCGGGCGCGGCGGUCGGCGGCUGGCGGCUGGCAGCAGCGGCGCGGCGGUGCGCGGUUGCCGAGGAGAGCAGGCUGCGCGGCACCUGCGGCCAAGGCGUGCCCGCGGCUGGGCGAGCUCGGCUCGGCUCGCGACCGUACGCAGCGACGAGGACGAGCGGCGGCGACGGUCAAGAAAGACAGGCGACGUGGCCACGCUCGUUGGCCUUCUUUUGUUACUGGGUGAUUGUGAACAUGGCUACACCAAUGUCGCCAUGGAAGGGGCGGCUGCGCUCUCACCACGCGACCCCUCAAAGUUUGCCCAAGAGGAGGCUCCCUUCCCAGACCAAGAACCCGGAGGAGAAAGAGGAUCUCCAAACACUGAAGAAGCCUCAAAGUUUGCAAAAGAGGAGGCUCCCUUCCCAGACCAAGAACCGGGAGGAGAAAGAGGAGCUCCAAACACUGAAGAAGCCUCAAAGUUUGCCCAAGAGGAGGCUCCCUUCCCAGACCAAGAACCCGGAGGAGAAAGAGGAGCUCCAAACAUUGAAGAAGCAGGCUGUGUUGGCCCUCAAAGUCCCUGCACAGCUUCAGACAUUGAAGAAGCAGGCUGCCCCCAAGAAGACAGAGAGAGGUCGCCAAGCUGGAGCUGGUGCACAGCAGCCAAGGGCUCGCUUACGCCAGUCGGCGCGGCUUGCUGGAAGAGACCCUGAGCAUCCAAUUGUGAUAGACAAUGAUGUAAGCAGGGAACAUAAAGCCAAGGCUGAUCAAUCAGCAAUUACGCCUCUUCGCAGAUCCCAACGGUUCCUUCUGAAAGAUAAGAGUUUGGGCAAGUCGCUGUUGCCACCAAAUCACCGGGAGAUCUUUCCUAACAGAAAUGCUAGAAAUGGUCAUAGGAAAGACAAAAAUCAAGAGAGCCUGAAAAGGAAUAGGGGAAGUGCUGCAUUACCUCUUAUGAAAGAUAUUUCAGAUGUGUCUAACAAAAAGAGUGACAAACAUGAGUUAAAUCCCAGUCAUUGUAAAGUGCAGACAAGAAAGAGGAAGAGAGGAACAGAAAGGGGGGUGUCAUCGAAGAAGCAAAGUUGCCAGGAACCUGAACCAUUGCCUGCGUAUUGCCAAGAAAUUGCACCUCGCAAUGAACCCAGAAAAUCCACCCACAGAAGGAUUGAAAAGGUCCCCUUUGUUGAGGUGAAGCUUAAAGUUGGUGAUGAGAGAUUGGCAAACAUUGAUGAAAACAUCAACAAGCCAAAUGGGACUGAUAGAGAAGGAAUGGGAAGUUUUUGUGGUUCUGAUGAUUGGACAAAAGAGCAGGACAUGGCAUUACGCAAAGCUUACUUCAGUGCCCGACCAUCCCCACAUUUCUGGAAGAGAGUUUCAAAAAUGGUGCCAGGAAGAUCUGCUGAAGACUGCUUCAAAAGAAUUUAUUCUGACCUCUCAACACCGACUCCAAUUGGCCCACGUCGCAGAACAAGUAAAACAACAUUUUCUCCUAUAGGAAAUUUCACAUUGUCUGAUCCAGAACUUCCAAAUAUCUUGGAACCUACAGUCGGAAGGCGAAAGACCGCUAAACAGAAGAGUCUAGCAGCACAGAAGGCAGUGAAGCAUUUGUUGCAGAAGCAUUGCCGCAUUGACCGAGCUCAAGAGGCUGACCACUUCUCAGUUUUUGAAGGCUCACCAAGUGCCUUACAAUUGAACUUAUCUUUUGAAGAUUCUCCUGGGACUCCUGACAGUUGUAUGAAUUCAGCUUCUCUAGGCAAGCGCAGUGGAAGUUCUUCAGCACGAAAGACACCAUUUUCAAGGCUAAGUACUAAGCCAUCUGAACCGAGCCCAGCAGUUCUAAAGCCUAUAAAGAAUGUUAUCUUACAUGAGAAGUACAUUGAUCGAUUGGCACGUAGAGAGGGCACAAAAAGGCCUCGCAGAAGGACUCAAGCAGGCUCUAAAGCUGCUGAUUCUGGGAAGUCUCUUUCUGAGCAGCAAGCUGUCAGUGUGAAGGCUGCUAAAAAUGCUCUCAUCUCAGAAGCAACCGACUUCAUAAGCAGUUUUAAGACGCUGCAAGCCAAUUCCCUUGCGCAUAUUAUGGAGAAUAGUGAAGACGAGAUUGAAUGUGAUGCCAGUGAUUGUAGCCAUGAUGAUAAAGAAUAAGGAGGUGCUUACAGUUUUGGUUCCUAGCAACCCUUAGCGAUCAUUUCCUUUAUGUCAACUGAUGGUAGUCAUUACUUAUCAGUGCCUGAUGCUGCAAUAAGGCUAGGCAGUUGUCAGUGCGUUAUAUUCUACCUAAUAUGAUAUAUCUACUUUUAAAUCUCUAAGUUGUGAAAGUGCUGCCUUCGUCAUGCCUUAUGAAGAUUGAUAUCACUGGAGAUUACAAUGGUCGAA